AUGCCUGCUAAAGAAAAGGGGAAAGAUAUGGCAAAGGCUGAUAAGGCUCGUUAUGAAAGAGAAAUGAAAACCUACAUCACCCCCACCACCAAAGGGGAGACCAAAAAGAAGUUCCAGGACCCUAAAUGCCCCCAAGAGGCCUCCUUCAGCCUCUUCUUGUUCUGUUCUGAGUACUGCCCAAAACCAAAGGCGAGCAUCCUGGCUUACCCAAUGGAAGCUAGGCUGAAGAAGUACGAGAGGGGUAUUGCUGCCUACAGAGCUAAAGGAAAACCUGAUGCAGCAAAAAAGGGCGUGGUCAAGGCUGAGAAGAGCAGGAAAAAGAAGGAAGAGGAAGACGACAAGGAGGAUGAAAAGGAUGAGGAAGAGGAGGAAGAAGAGGAAGGCGAAGAUGAAGAAGAUAAUAAUGAAUAA